UGAAAAUUGUUCUUAGUAGUUAGUCUUAGUUUAGCUACGAGGUUUUCCUAUUACAUAUUUUAUUAUUAGAAGUCUAAAUUUAAUAAGUUUUGGUUCAUGAUAAUGCAUGUUUUCUACUUGCAUUUAAUAAGGCAUACAAUAUGAAUCCAUCGUAAAACCAAGUAAAAAAAUGGAAGUUACAAGUGGUGCAGAGGAAGGUUUUGUACGAGAAUGGACACCUUGUUCACAUAUUUUGAGCUUGAUACCACCAAAAAUCCAAAAUGGAAUAUUUUCUAAUGAACUGUGCUUGACCUGUGUUGAUGCUGUUAGUGAAUAUAUAGCUUUAGGAACGAAUGUGGGACUGGUGUAUUGGUAUGAUAGGAAAAAAGGCAAUAUACAACGACUUCGCUGUGAGGCUUCUACAUCUCCUAUAACCUAUGUAAAGAUAGUAAGCACAGUGGAUUAUAUGGUUGGAGCAGGUAAUGCAACAGGACAAGUUACAGUAUUUCAAAUUCCUAAAGAGCACCCUGAAAAUGUUCCUGAUACUUUUAAGCCUAAAGUAGAACCCAAAGUUGAAAGGUAUACUAUUGGAGACCUACAUAAAAGUAAAAUAACUUCAAUUGAAUGGUCUAAAAAUGGGAUGAGACUGUUUUCUGGUGACAAAGAUGGUGUAAUUAUUAUGACUGAAAUUGAUUUUUACAUGCAUUUAUGCAAGUCAUUGGAGAUAGUGAAUGAACAACAUGAGAUCGUACAAAUGAGUUACUGUCAAAACACUUUAUUAGUGUCGAGCAAAUACCGCAGUAUAGUGUGUGAACGACGAGAUAACCGGUGGCACGUCAGCCAACUAGGCAAAAAAGAAAGAAAAAGUUUGAGCUCCUUGGGCGCAGUUUUCCAGUACUCGUAUGCGCAGGGCGGAGCUCCAAACGCAUACUGCGCACGCGCAGGUCUGAGGCUUUGGCGAGCCGAUCGGGCCGGAAACGUCCUUCAGACUUUGUUAUUCAAGGAAGCCAUCUCUAACCCUCUAACAGUGGCGGAGCUGCUAAACCCGUCGCAGAAGAAGCACAGCCACUCAGAGAAAGAGUAUAACUUUGGUCCCUUACACGUGUUCCGCGAACACUUUUUGGUCUCGCACAACGAACACUUCCUCUAUGUGUUGGAUCCGAGGUCGCUCACAGCCGUAGCCGUCGUUGACGACCUUAGACGUAUCCUGUCGGUAUCCGUGAACAAGGAAGAAAUUUUCAUCCUGGAAGGCGAGAGGUCCCUAGUGCGUCUGGCACAUAAACCUGAGCCAGCGACGCUUGCGCAAGACGAGCCGAUAAUGUCUAAAUCGCUCACAACGCUCCAGCAAGCGGUGAAUACAGUCUAUGACCUCACACACAUCGACCAAGCAGUACCCUACGUCACAAGCGUUCUCGAACAACCCAUAGCCAUGUUCACACGCAACGAGACUAUAGACAACGUACCGAACGGAGAAGAAUGUUUUGAACUCCCGCCAAUAAAGCAUCUGCCGCGUGACAUAUCUGACAAUGUUCUAGAAUCUAUUAUAAACGAGUUUAGGGACGUGUCAAGUGAUGUAGAAGAAAUAAGGCGGGUUAAAUCUGAGGAGCUGCAAAGGAAGUUGAAGUUGUAUAAUAGCAUAAUGGAGAAAAAGUAUGACGAUGAGCUGAUACAUAGUAGGCGCAGUCGGAGGAGGGAUGCAGGGUCUGGUGGCAGUACCCCAAGGUUGAUGACCCCGGUACGAAGCCGGUCUAGGAGCAGAGAUGUCAGCUACACCAGUCCUUGUGUAAUGAAUGUUAGCAUAUAUGGGAACAAUCCAGAUCAAAACGAUGAACAACUCGAGAAGCAAAUAGAAGAAAAAGAGAAGAUAUUAGCGAAAAUGCUGAACUUAGAAUCUCUUAGUAUCAAGGGUCCUGAAAGCAAUGUAACCUACGAAGAUCCAAUCUCUAAACAAGAGACAAACGAAAGUAAAUUUAUGGUCAAAGAUAUCAAUAAAACCUCAGACGAUAAAAAAGAUAUACAUCAUAUUGAAAUGCCCAUAGAUAAAAAGUUAACACAGAUUAAAAAAGUUAAUAUGACAUCGGAAAAGCCAAUGAAUAAAGUCGACAAAAUAACAGAUUUGGUUCCAAAAGUAAUGCAGCUGCCCAAUAAUUGGAAUUUGGAGAGUAUUGAGCUAAGAUUAGAAAUGAAAAAUGGAGUUAAAGACGGCUUAAAUUUGCUCUCUCCUGACGACCAUUUAGAUAGCGAAUGGGAGGUUAUUUAAAAUUUGCUUUUAAUUUGAUAUCUGUGAUCCUAAUAGCAUCAUAUAUAACAGAAACAAUUAUGACUAGAUUUGACACGACUAUUGCUAUCGCAGUUAUGAUUGCUAGAUCUUAUGAUUUUUAAUAAUUUUAACUUUAUUGACUAAGUAUAUGAAAUAAUUUUUUAUAUGUUAAUGCGUGUUUUAAAUUGUGUUAUGAAUAUAAUAUAUUAAAAUGAAAAUAUACACAUUCACUUAGUUAUAGCACGAGGUUCAAAUAUAUACAGACUGCACAAAAUAAUUACUGAAAUAUAUUGUGCCAUGACCAAGUAUCCCAAAUAAUUAUGUAAUUGGCAUAAUAUUUACAAUGUUGAAAUAAUAGAAAUAAGUAUUCUUAGUUAAACCUUAUCAUCACACCCGUAUGUUUAUGUAUUGUGCGUAAAUAUUUUUUAUAGGACGUAAACGAAUGUGCAUUUAUAAGAGGCUCUUAAAAAUAAGCAAUAAACGUUGGUGGGUAAAAAUGGAUCAAAUUUUCAAACAUUAUUAGAAUUAUCGUUCAGUUACAACCGUUUUAAAACUGUUACGUUAUACACUCAUUAGGAUUAUAUACAAGGAAGGAAAAGUGGCAUUACAGUGUAAAAAGACAGUAAAAAUAAACUUUUUUUCAUAAUAAAAAAUAACAGUUUGUAUAGUAUAGUAGAAUUCCAGAAAAGCGUCUAGAUAUUACAAUGAAUUGUAAUUAAAAUAAUUUCUUUAUUAUUUUUUUGAGUAUUGACAUAUUUGAAAUGUCAACUGUCAACAUUUUCUGUUUUAUAUCAUGGACAUCGCGUAAAAAUAGUGUGAUCAAGCGCUCGCACAUUCCUGCAAUUAAAUUUGCUAUUUUCAUUUGAUCUUUAUUGAUUAUGUUAUAUAUAUGAUUUAAGUAUCUCAAAUGUAUUAUAAUGAGUAUUAAAUUCGAAAAUUAAUAAGGUUUAUAGAUGAUUAUUUAUUCAAGAAAAUUAUGAAGAUUUCAAAUCUUAUUUGACUGUAUAGUUUUAUUACAAUGGGACCCUAAGACAAGAUUUUUCACCAAAAUCGCUAUAGCCUCAUGAAAAAAAUAUGCUUUUAUAAGAACAACGUCUCUCUCGACAUCUUGAACGAGUUUCAUAAAUUAUAUUUUAAAUUUUGCAAUCUGACGAUUAUUGGAAUCUCUUUUGACAAGUAUUU